UAAUUCAAACAACAGAAGCAUGCCAAGAAAUAAAUUAUAUAUAUAUUCUUGACUUUCAAGUCCCCUCUAUAGAAUUUCCUGGUUAGUUAUUAACAUGCUUCCUCAGUAGCUACUUACUAGUGAACAUUUCAUGGCCAUUUCAGCAAGAUAUGUGCCUUGUACAACGGAUCAUGCACAAAAAGUGGUACUGUAGGAUCGAUUAGUAACCAUUCGGUCAACAGUGCCUGAUUCCAGGUAGGACGCAGUUUUCAGUAAGAUAAUGUGAAAGGACACAUUGCAGUUAACGUCUGUUCAGUUCCUCUUCAGGGUGUAUGAAAUGUUACAGGACUGUCCGAAAUGGAUGUACAGAGUCCUAGGUGCAAUAACACUAAAGAAGGUGCAGGAUUUGCUGUGAUCAUCGUCCCAGUUCUUCUGUCUCUCAGUACUGUGGUUGUGGUCUUUUUCAUAUUGUGGAGCCUCUACUGCAGGAGACCAGGGCGAGAAAGCCAGGUUAAAAUCUUGUACAAUGCAGGGCAGGGCUCGAUCAGCAUAGACACGGUGUCAGGGACCUGGUUGCGUUUGCACAGCCUAUUGGACACAUGGCAGAUGCCUGCAGACUGCAGACUGGAAGCACUGGAGUCCAUGCAGAUGGGCCAUUAUGGAAACAUCUACAAGAGCCAGCUGAGGAGAGGAUGUGUCACCACUGCUGUGGUGGUCAAGACCCUCCAGGGCAACAACAGCCAGGCCACAGCUGGGGAGUUUGCUGCCUGGGCCCAGUUCCAUGCUGUGGUGUGCAGGCAUGAGAAUCUGGUGCGGAUGCUGUUCUGCCAGACCCAGAAGCUGCCCAUGUACUUGGUCCUGGAGGCCAGCAUCCCAGGGAACCUGCUGGACUUUUUGUGGACACUAAGGCAGAAUGAUGUUGAGAAACCCGGCCAGCUGGAGCACUUUUCUGAGAGGUCGGUGUACUUGGUAGCAAAACAGUUGUCAGCUGGUCUGGAUUACCUGUUUUCAGAGCAUGGGCUAUAUCACGGGGAUGUGGCAGCCCGGAACAUGUUAAUUGGCAGUGGACUAUCGGUGAAGGUGUCUGGCUUGGGGAUGGCAUUUGAGGCUCGGCAGAUGGGCAAGGUGGCCAAGCCAUGCGUUUCAAAGGUGCCUGUGAAGUGGCAGGCCCCAGAGCGGAUCAUGCAAUUGCCGCUGACUGAUCGGAGUGACGUGUGGUCUUUUGGCAUUCUCUUAUACGAGCUGAUUACCUUAGGGUCCCCCCCGUAUCCUGACAUGGAACCAAUGGAAGUGUUUCCACAACUCCAGAAAUCGCACCGCAUGAGGAGGCCUGGAAGCUGCGGGAGACCCUUAUAUGAUCUCAUGACGUACUGCUGGAUGUGGAACUUCAAGGACCGACCCUAUUUCUCAUCUAUUAUUAAGCUACUGGAUUCGUAUGUAUACCUAGCAGACACGAAGAUAUUGUGUGCCGAAGACAAUAUGGACAUCACAGAGUACAAGAAAGCGGCUGGUUUCUUGUCUUGAUUUUAAACAGUUGUCACCUUGCCAUGCACUGUAAACAGGGAACUGCUGGACAAAGAUUGGUGAACGUCCAAAAUUUUAAUUUUGUGGAACAUAACUAAGUUUGUGCGGAAAUCACUGCGCCCUGUAGCCGCUUAAUGUUUUUGUAAUACAAUCACUUCUGGGGUGCACAACUUUUACAUGUGGAUCAAAGCAUACAAAGUGAAUAAAAAUGGUAAUCAUCAUUUUGUUAGUGUCACUUGGAAGGAAGGAGUGACAGAAUGUUAGAAGCCAAGAUAAAAGCAAGCCUAGGCUAGAACAAACUUUAAAUGGUGAAUGCAAAAAUACAUUAAAAAUGUUACUUUACACAAAAUGCAUUGUUGUAAGUAGCAGUGUGCAGAUCACAAAACAGAAACGACAGAUAGCUCUUCUAGACAACCUGUAAAAAAAUGCAACAAGUGUUUCUUCAUUUUUAGAUUGAACAGUUUUUAAAUAAUAAAAACGUCAGUCUAUGAAUGGA